UUGCCACCUCACAGGCCCAGGGGACCAGGAAUUCAGCAGGGCUCAGCUGGGGGCUCCUGCCACAGCAUCUCAGGAGGUUGGGGCUGCUGUCAUCACUGAGACAGAACCUGCUUCACUCAACCCCUGAGCCCACUUCAGGGUGGUGGCAGGAUUCAGUCCAUAUCGAGUGCCUUAGUCCUUCCCUGUCUGUUGUUGUCUCUCAGGGCUAGGCUAGUGUAACUGUCUGUGUCACGACUCAACAUGGGGGUUGGUCCCCACUGUGAGGAGCUGAAAGACAACACGGAGAGUGACAGUGAGCACGUGGCUGUGCCAUGGACAUUUUAUCACCUAAACUUGUUUGGUCUGGGGUCAGGGUGCCAUCUUCUUUGCAACAGAAAUCAAACACUACGUCCAUACCACACUCCAGGAAGGAAAUCCCACAAGGAUGUGUUGACAGGAUGUGGGCAUCCCAGGGAGCCACUGAGGGGAGGAGAAAGUGAAGACCAUGCCAGGGUCAGUGCCAUGCCCAGAAUCACAGACUGGUAGAAAGUCAGAACCAGGCAUGACCCCAACUCCAUGUCCUCAAAUGGGGUCCUGGACUUGACCCAGGAUUUCGGAGGGGGUCUGGAAAAGGGUGUGUUACUGUCACUGGGUGCGGACAUGGAGGUGGCGUGGGGGUGAGGCUGAAGAGGAGCGUCACAGAAGACAUCCCAGCACGUUCUUCCCUGAGGAGGACCCCCAGGCCAGGGCAACCCACUGAGUGCCACCCUGUCCCCAUUGUAUGUACCCAGUGGAAAGGCAGGGAAUGGCUCGUGGCACACUACUGACCAAGUCUACGUAAAAGAGAGUUCUGUCCUACUAGGCCCCAACUCCAAUCCCUUCUGUAGGGAUUGCUUUAGAAAGUAGAGAACCUAAGCUCCUAGGAAAUGUUUGGCCAUCCUUCCCUAGGUGGGGAUGUGACCUUCUGGGACCCCAGAAAACAAGCACUGGUAAACACACAUACACACACACACUCACGCACGUACGCACACCUGGAAGGACUGUGGGCUGGGAUCAGAGGAGCAGCAGAAUCAGAGGAGGUGAGAAGUUGAAGUCAAUGUGGUUAGAUAAAUUUCCAACAGGUGACUCUGCUGCUCCAAUUUCACAGAUAUCAUCCCACAUAUGCCUGAGGACCUCCUGAGGAAGUACAGGCUAGAAUGAUCUCCAUUGGGCAGAAAAGACACGGACCAUCCCUGAGAAGCACAGUCGCGAAUCUGGGACCAGAAAGAGGUACCGGGGCUCUGGAUACCAGAAACCCCAGUGCGCAGGAUUACUCAGAUGUUGGAGAGGUUUCCUUAACCCACGCUGGCGAUGCCUCAGGAUGUUUUCCAGGAGGUCACAUAAGAGCCACAUGCCACAGAUGGAGGAGAAGCUGAAUGAGAGCCCCUGCUCUACUUCCCUGGAGGAAAGGAGGAAGCCCCAUGCCAUCAGCAGGAAGCAGCGCUGGCUCAGGGGUACGAACAUCUCACCCAUGCCCGACAAUGAGAACUGUGUGGAGUGGACCAUCGAAGGAGGCUGGAUGCUACUGGAACAGCGAGUGGAGCACCUGGUACCUGCUUUCCUGGGUAGAGACCCCUCCUACCUCUUCACAUUCUUGAGCACGUACAGAGCUUUUGCUACCACCCCGCAGGUCCUGGAAAUACUGUUUAUGAGAUACGGAUGCUUGCAUUCAGAGGCUGAGGAGGAUGGCGGACCCCGGGAGCAGGAGAAACUGGCCAUCUCCUCCAUCCUGGGCACCUGGCUGGAUCACUACCCCGAGGACUUUUUCCAACCUCCAGACUUCACCAGCUUGAAGCUGCUGCGGACGUAUGUAAGGAUCCACAUGCCGGGCUCCGAGCUGCAGCGCCACACCCGCCUUCUCUACUCAUGGCGGAAACACCCUUUGGCAGCAGCUCUAGAGCCACAUCCACACGUCCCUCGGGAGCGAGCCCCCGCUAUCCCUGUGGUGCCCACUGCAGCCUCGCAGCCCAGGCUGCCUGAAGCCACCAGUUCUCCUGGAGCUCAGCGCGUACGAGAAUCGGAGACCCUCACUACAGCGUCCCCACCAGGGCAGGAGGUACUCCCAGCUCUGGCUGACAGACAGGAGCUGGAAGAGCCACCCGCCCCUUUGGUGGCCCCAGAGCAUGAGCAGCCCUCAGCCCCAGCCGGCGGGGUCACGGAAGGGCUGGAGCAACCACCUGCUGCAGCUGAGCAACCAGCCUCAGCUCCCCAACAGCGGCUCAUGUCGGCCACAGCCCCAAAGGAUGAAUCCCCUGACCUUGUCAUGGCGUUCGUUGUCAUUUUAGUAGUGGGUAUAGAGGUAUUUAGUGUCCUUAUGUACUACUGGUUUAUACAUAAAACAUAAACUAAGUUCCAAAAAAUUUACUCUCAUCCUUUGAAAUUACAACUUCAAGUGUCAGUACGUACAUUCACAGGAUUUUAUACCCGUGACCACUAUGUACUCCUAGAACAUUUCCAUCACAGAGACACGUGGACUACUAAUCACCCACGGCUCAUUCCCUCACCCCAGUCUCUGCAACCAGCGAUCUCGGUUUCUGCUGCUUUAGCUCCUCUGGGACUUCCAUGUGUGUGCAAACACACAACAUGGCCUGUUGUGUCUGGCUACAUGACAGGAGACUGAUUAAUAAUUGCUUAAAUAUUCAAUGGCACUAAUAUUUUUUAUGACAGAGGAAUAGUCCUCAAAGAACAAAGAUUAGGUGAAGCCCCCACUUGAAAUAUCUUCAUUAUCUGGAAUGGGGACCCUCUGAGGUUUGACACCAGAGCAGAAGCCAGAAGAGAAAUGUCUGGACCAGAGCGAAUACCUGGAAAAUCUUUCAUUUUCCUGGACUGGCCAUGGUGAUAUUGGUCUAACGUGCAUAUUAUAAAAAUACCCAAAUGAAACCGUCAAUAUGCCAUUUAUGCUAAUCUAUUAGGCAAUAAAGUAUAAAGUUCUCAA